AAUGGCGAUGUACACUUUGAACAGCGAGGGUGUAGUGUUGACAACAUUUGUUUUCAAAUUUAUUAUUGGUUUUAACUAGCGUUAAUGAACGAUUAACUAAAAUGAUAGUGAAUGAAACAAUUAAUUUGUUUUAUCAAUAACUACGUAUUUUUCAUUUUAGUGUUGAUUAAUUACACUAUCAUAAGUUUGUAAUGCAUUUAGGAGUCAUGAAAUUCGAUUAGAUUUCACAUAAUUUGAACAAAGCACAUAAAAAGGCUUUGGAAGAUGUAAAUUUAAUGAAAAAACAAAGAUAAUAUAAAGAUGGAUUUAAUGCCAAUGUAUGAUGAUGAUAGUGAAUGUGCUGGCGAUCAGCAAUGUUUUUCAACGAAUAUGGAUGACUACGAUUACGAGUAUGUUCAAGAACAAGAAUCUCUUGUUGAAUUGUACCAAUACUGCAUUUCACCAACUCUAAAUGAUACUUUAUGGUAUUUGAUACCACUUACAAUUGCAUCAUUUACUUGCAAUGUGGCUGCUAGGAUAAACUAUAUUCCUCACAAAAUGUUUCAUAGUAUAACGGCUUCAACAGGCAUAUAUGUUCUUUAUAAUUAUGCUUAUGAAUGUUUCUUUCUGCUUUUAUUUUAUGUUAUUCUUUCAUACUUAUUUUUGCAUCUGCCAAAGAAACAUCGCCAAGGUACCAAAGUUUUUCUGCCAAGUAUUUUUCUUAUCUUGUACUGUGAAGUCUUCAUGCAUGCAAAAGAUUGGAAUAAAAUUAGAGGAGUUGUGAUGAUAGCUGUUAUGAAAGCUAUUAGUCUUACUGUAGAUAUGUCAGACACAGAUAAAAUUGUUAAUGUUCAUGAGUAUAUUGGUUACAUGCUGUGUGGUAUUACUGCUAUAUUCGGUCCAUGGACAUCAUUUGAGACAUACACAAAUUUAUACAAUGAAAAAAAAUGGAAACUAUGGUGGUUUUUUGUGGUUAUUAGCUAUGCAAUUGUUGGAUUAUUUUGCUUAAGCAUAUCCAAUUGUUGGACAAAUUGGAUAUUAAGCGAUAAUGCAGCCAAAUGGAUGGUAGCCUUCAGAGAUGCCUUUGGUUUCAGAACAUCACACUAUUUUGUCUGUUUCAUAUCAUCGGCAAUAAUGCUUUUGGGUGGAUACCCCUUAACACAGAGCUUACUUACGAAGCCUUUAGAAAUUGAAGUCCCUCGUUCACUUGUACAAGUUGUUGUAAGCUGGAAUAUGCCUAUGCAUAAUUGGUUAAAAACUUACGUUUUUCGUCCAGGUCGAAAACAACUUGGUCGUUUUGGAGCCAUAAUUCUCACAUACUUAGCCAGUUCUUUGCUUCAUGGUCUUAAUUUCCAACUAGCUGCAGUAUUAUUGAGUCUUGGUUUUUAUACUUAUAUUGAGUAUCAAUUGAGACAACUUCUAGCAACAGAAUUUAAUGCUUGUAUUGGAUCUAAACAGUGUUCAGCAUAUAAAUGUGAACAUUUGCGUACCACUUAUAAUUGUUACUGGGUGGUUCUUGUAAAUGGAGCUUUUAGUAUAUUAGCAAUUUUUCAUUUAGCAUAUUUGGGCCUGAUGUUUGAUGCAUCUGAGACGCAAGAAACUGGAUAUAGCUAUCAGCAUACUAUCAAUAAGUGGUCAGAACUCAAUUUUGCUAGUCACUGGGUCGCUUGUACUACUUAUUUAGCUUACUAUUUAAUUAGAUGAUGUCCUAAUGAUUUUUAUUUGAUCAUAAAGGAUUUAAUCAAAAGUGUGCCAAUUUUUUAUAAUAUUUUACAUGACUAAUGACAGGGAAAGUAUUUGAAAGUAUUAUGAAGCGAGAAUUUUUUCUAAUGUUUUUUAUAUUACAUGAACUUUUAUAAUAAAAAAUGUUUGAUUGAAA